CAAAGGUCUCCCCACUCACAUACCUGGGGACACACGCUACUCCGGGAGGUGAUUUGCGACUUAGCCAGGACCCCAAGGUUGGGCUACUGUAUGGAGAAAGUCUGCCCAGGUCCACAUCCGAGCCUUCAUCGUUUGUCCUCCGGGUUCUGGGGUCCUGCUGGAAGAGGGGAGCUUCUGCAAUGGGAGUUGCCACAGCCCCAUCGCCCCCCACCACCUCCAAAACCCUACAGAAGCAGCAUCUAGAAGCAGUGGGCGCCUACCAAUAUGUGCUCACUUUCCUCUUCAUGGGCCCUUUCUUCUUCCUUCUUGUCUUCGUCCUCCUCUUCACAUCACUCUGGACCUUCUCUGUUGUUUACUUGGUGUGGCUCUACAUGGACUGGGACACACCCAACCAAGGUGGAAGGCGUUCGGAGUGGAUAAGGAACCAGGCAAUUUGGAGACAACUAAGGGAUUAUUAUCCUGUCAAGCUGGUGAAAACGGCAGAGCUGCCCCCGGAUCAGAACUACGUGCUAGGCGCCCACCCUCAUGGGAUCAUGUGUACAGGCUUCCUCUGUAAUUUCUCCACCGAGAGCAAUGGCUUCUCCCAGCUCUUCCCAGGGCUCCGGCCCUGGUUGGCCGUGCUGGCUGGCCUCUUCUACCUCCCGGUCUAUCGCGACUACAUCAUGUCUUUUGGACUCUGUCCCGUAAGCCGCCAGAGCCUGGACUUCAUCCUGUCCCAGCCCCAGCUCGGGCAGGCCGUGGUCAUCAUGGUGGGGGGUGCGCACGAGGCCCUGUAUUCAGUCCCCGGGGAGCACUGCCUCACGCUCCAGAAGCGCAAAGGCUUCGUGCGCCUGGCGCUGAGACACGGGGCGUCCCUGGUGCCCGUGUACUCCUUUGGGGAGAAUGACAUCUUUAGACUUAAGGCUUUUGCCACAGGCUCCUGGCAGCAUUGGUGCCAGCUCACCUUCAAGAAGCUCAUGGGCUUCUCUCCUUGCAUCUUCUGGGGUCGUGGUCUCUUCUCAGCUACCUCCUGGGGCCUGCUGCCCUUUGCUGUGCCCAUCACCACUGUGGUGGGCCGCCCCAUCCCAGUCCCCCAGCACCUCCGCCCCACCGAGGAGGAAGUCAAUCACUAUCAUGCCCUCUACAUGAAGGCCCUGGAGCAGCUCCUUGAGGAGCACAAGGAAAGCUGUGGGGUCCCCGCUUCCACCUGCCUCACCUUCAUCUAGGCCUGGCCGCAGCCUUAUGCUGAGCCCCUGAGCCUAAGGCACUGAGAUCUCCAUCCACUGUGGACUCCAUGCCUCCAAUAAAAGGUAGUUCUGGGCCCAGCGCAGUGCCUCACGCCUGUAAUCCCAGCACUUUGGGAGGCCGAGGCGGGAGGAUCGCUUGAGCCCAGGAGUUGAAGAUCAGCCUGGGCAACAUAGUGAGACUUCAUUUCUACAAAAA